AUGGUCAAAAGUCCAAUUGGGUUUGUUGCAACUGGUAGUUCUGAAACUCAAAAUGUGGGAAUUAAUAUGACCGGCAUUACUGAAAAGCCUGUGGUUUCUAUUCCAGAAUCAGGUCUGGGACUUUAUACCACAGCAGCUACAGCUGGCACUGCAGUAUUUUCUGCUGCAAGAACAAUUGAUUCGGGUGAGAGUUCGGAGGAUUUUCAAUAUCACUAUAAUUUAGGUUCAGCACUUGAGGGUACAAAAAAUGAAUCCGUUGGAUUAGGAUGUCUUCCAAUCCAAAAAAAGCUUCAGGCAUUUAGAAAAGGUGCCACCUUUACCAUACUGCUUGCUGGAGAGUCAGGAGUUGGUAAAACUUCUUUCAUCAAUACUUUAUUUGACUCGGAAUUAAUUCCCUUAGCAACUGAGAGUCCAGCCUCCAAUUUUACAAAUAAGGAACUUGUUGAUUUAUCAAUGUCGGAGGACACUUUUGAGAAGAAGACAACCAAAAUAAAACCAUACAGAAUGGAUUUAGUUGAAAAUGGCUUUACAAUGAGAUGUUCAGUCAUAGACACCCCCGGAUUUGGCGACUAUAUCAACAAUAAAUACUGCUGGUAUCCUAUUACGAGAUAUAUUGAUGAACAGUAUAGGCGUCUUGCUUAUCAGGAAAAUCAGCCUAACAGAGUCAACCUUGUCCAUAAUGAAGUUCAUGUUUGUCUAUACUUUAUUAAACCUACUGGGAAAACUCUUACAACUCUUGAUUUGGAAGCAAUGAGAAAUUUGGCCUCGCGAGUCAACUUGAUUCCAAUAAUUGCAAAGGCCGAUGCCUUCAGUAGAGAAGAAUUGGCAUCAUUUAAGCUUACUGUACAACAAGCAUUCAAACAGAAUGGAAUCGAAAUUUGUCAAUUCAUCAAGGACUCGAAAAAAGCGGCUAAUGUAAUUCAGCAAAUGCCACUUACCAUCAUCAACUCAAAUGGGAUGUUUAAGAACUCAAAUGGAAAACUUGUUAGAGGAAGAGAAUACCCAUGGGGUUUAGCUGAGGUUGAGAAUCCAAAUCACUGUGAGUUUCUCAAACUCAGGGAGUUUCUCUUAGGAACACAUAUGGGAGAUUUAAUUAUUUCCACUGAGGAGUACUAUGAGAAUUAUCGUCGCGACUUUAUGAAGUUCAGAUUAAGUCUUACAGUUCAGAGGGUUUUAGCUCAAACAGAAUUAGAAUCGUUAGGAUUGCAUAUUGAUGCCAAUUACGAAAAUAAAGAAACAGAUCUCACUUCGGCACGUACGAAGAGAAGCUGGAAAUCCGCCACCCUUAGAGAGGCAAAAGAUGUUCAAGCGCACAUUUCGCCAGAAAGUUUGAAUCGACUAACUGAAACGCAGGAUUCAAUCACCAUCCUUAAACUUAUAGAUAAGAUCAGCUUGACGGAAACAGAAAAAGAGUUGGUUCUUUUAAAUCCAGCCUACAUGGAUAUGGAACAGUUUGUUAAACAAAAGUUCACCGCAGAUGUUAAAAAGGAGAAUCAAAGAUUCAAAAGUUGGAAGCGAACUUUAUUUGAAAGACAGGAUAAAUUCAAUCAAGAUAUUGAUCAACUACAUCAAAGGGUCAAAGCUUUGCAGGUCGAAAUUCUGAAGUAUACUGAGCAAGUAAAAUAG